AUGGAUCAGAUCGUCACCUCCUCAUCGGAGGCAGACACAUUAGACCAGUUAAUCCCCUACAUCAAAGACUACAGCUAUGGCAACAAGACCGCACAUCUGCUCAGCCAGUUAUCCGACCUUGCCGGUGAGCGGGAGUCAGAGAUUGAGCGCCAGUGCAACACGAACCAUCAGGAGUUUGUCAAGUCUGUCAAUCAGCUGCUCCGAAUUCGCGAAGGCACCGUUACUCUCACCAACGAGAUCCUAGAGUUGAACCAGUCCAUCCAAGCAAGCACUGAACGUCUCGUAGACCAGAAGAAAGCCCUGGUUGAGUCCCGCGGUGUUAGACAAAAUAUCGAAGACGCCCGGCAUGCUCUGCAGGAUUGUCUGGAGGUUUUGCGCCUGGCGAACCAGGUCCAGGAGCUUCGGGAUCAGAAGAAACACUAUGCCGCUCUGCGUGCACUCGAUGAAUUGCAGAGCGUCCACCUUCAGAAUGUCACCCAGUAUGAGCUGAGCGAGCUGAUUCAGAAAUCGGUGCCUGCGAUCCAGAAAUCCAUUGCUGAAGCCGUGAUGGCCGACCUCAACACCUGGCUAUUUCGCGUCCGAGAAAUGUCCCAGUAUCUGGGGGAGCUCUCCUUCUACCAUACCGACCUUCGCAAGCAGCGGCUGAAGGAAAGAUCUGAAAAGACCCCCUACCUUGCCAGCUUCAAACUCAACUCUGCUAUUGAACUCGUGGCAGAUGAGCACGAGGAAUUCGACCUGCUCAAAAGCGAGGACCUGGAAGUGGAUUUUACUCCCUUGUUUGAAGCUUUGCAUAUCUACCGCUCACUUGGUCAGAUGGAGAAAUUCAAGACCGAUUACGCAGCCAGUCGUCGUGCUCAACGCGAUCUUCUCCUUUCAAAUUCCAUCUCCCUCGUUGACGACGAGAUGGGUGAUCUGCACACUCUCUUGGAAGAUAUAGCAGGCUUCGCCAUCAUGGAACGUGCCACAAUGAAAAAAGUCCCCGACCUACGCUCUACCACCGAAGUCGAGGAGCUGUGGGACUCACUCUGCCAAACGGCAAUCUCAUUGAUGUCCAAGGCCCUGUCUGCCGUGGACAAUGCCGAGCACCUGCUGAAGAUCAAGAACCUGAUCUCGUUGUUCAUUCAGACCAUGAACGGCUUCAACUUCAACACCGCGGCCAUGUCGAAUUUUGUGCUGGUGCUGUUUGAUAAGUACGCUGAGCUGCUCAAGCAGCGGUUCAGCGAGGACUUUAUCGAGAUUGUCGGUACAGAUGACUACAUGCCCAUGCCGAUCCAGAAUGCCGAAGAAUUCGAAAAGGUCGUCAAUGUAUCCUGGUAUACGCCGGAUCGUCCAGUGCAUGAAAUGACUUUCCCGACUGUCUUCCCCUUCUCGCAAAUGUAUCCACUCUGUUGCAUCGACAUCCGCAACUUCUUGAACCAAUUCUACUUCUUCUCGGCGCAGGAGGACAAUGCGCCCUCGCCCCUCACGUCCAAGAUCGAUUCCCAACUCCUGACGUCGCUAGACGACCUCCUGACAACCAAAGUCUGUGCCAGCUUGGUGUCGAAGCUCUCGUCGCAGUACCUGGGCCAAAUCGUGCAGAUUCUGAUCAACCUCUCGCAUUUUACCACUGCCUGCCACGAACUCGAAACCCUGCUGGCGACGGCGCGGUCGUCCUCCUCGGCCCUCGGCGGUGGAGGGACCGUCGGCCCACCCGUCUCGUUGAAGGCCACGGCCCAGUUCAGCACUCACCAGAAGACGGCCGAGAACCGCAUUUUCGAACUGGUCAACAGCAAAGUCAGCGACCUGAUCGAGACGGCCGAGUAUGACUGGCUUUCACGCGACCUCCCCACCGAGCCGUCCAAUUACAUCCUCACCCUGACGAGGUACCUGUCGAACAUCAUCAAUAGCGUCUUGCUCUCCCUGCCGUCGUCGCUGAAGGAUCUCAUGCUGUUCAACGCCAUCUCACACACGGCCUCGAGCAUCCUCUCGCUCCCCCUGUCGCCGCAAGUGGACAGGAUCACGACGGCGUGCAUCGCCCAGAUGGACAUGGACAUCCAGCACUUCCGAUCCUAUGUCGAGACACUGCCCAACAACAGCAUCCUGCUCGAGUCGCUGGACGAGUUGAUCCAGACGGUGGCGUUGAUGAGCACCGAUCAACCGGACGAGUUCUACGACAUCUCGCUGCGGAACAAGAAGUACCGCAACGUCGACCCGCUCAAGGGUCCCCAGCUGCUGGAGAAGGUCGUGCACGUGGACGUCCGGUCGCCCGUCUCGGCCAGGAGCGCCGGCGGGCACGGACACGGGCUUUUCGACGGCGACAGCGGAAGAGACGGCGUGCACAGUCCGGGUCUGGCGCACAGCGGGAGCACCGGGUCGAGAGGGGGCAAUACCUUUGCCGCGUUGCAGAAUCGAUUCAUGCCGCAUGGUGGGCGAUGA